AUGAAUGGGAUGGGGAGGAUCUUGACAGGCUGGAUGCAAAGGUGGUCUCUGUCUCUGAGACACAAUACCCAGGCUGAAGACUUGCCGGAUCGGCAGAAUUCUCCCCGUCGUCAAGUCGAGGACUACCCUCAGGGUUACCCGCGGUUCUCUACCCUAGUCGCCACGCACAACGCCUUCCACGUGUACCGUCGCUUCUCGACCCUGCGGGCUCGUCUCCUCCUCCUGAAGCAGGACAAGUUGGCCGCGCUCGAGAAGCAGCUUGAGAUGGUCGACCAGCAGGAACCCAACCCGCUCUUUCUCGCGAGCUGCAGGCGGGACAAGAACGUGGAGCGAGAGGCCAUCUUAUCACGCAUCGAUACCGCUUUGGUGGAUUAUGGCAAGUUCACACCAUUUUCGUUUUCUCACGCCUCCCCUCUUUGUCUCGGGACUUUCGGAGAGGAAGCUUUGCUGAAGAGGGAGGACUUGGUGAGCAUUGCACCGUUGCCAGACGACGCUGUGGCCCGAGUCGAGGCCUGGCUGGCGGAUCGACUCAUACACUGUUGGAAAGAUUUUAGAGAGCUUCCAUUCCACAACGUCUCGAGGGAUCCCAACGUGUACAUCUGUACCAGCUCGGCGUUGACACGGGCGACUCGGUUCCUCAUCGCCGUCCUCCUGAUCCUUCUCCUGCUCAUCCCCAUGGUGAUUUGCAGCGCACAAAAGAACAUGACGGCGCGGAUCGUGGUUGUCGGCGUCGCGGCCAGUUUGUUCAUAGCGAUAGUCUCCGUCGUUAUCAAGGCAAGAUCCAUUGAGAUUUUCAUGGCUGGAGCGACAUAUGCCACCAUUCUGGUUGUUUUUGUUGCUGGCACCAAUGCGGGCAGCAAUUUCUGA